AUGUUAAAUAAACAAAAGACUAAAAGUGGUCAAGCAUCAACAAAAAAAAUCAGUUAUAAGUAUGAAAAGCAACUUAGCUUUUUAAAACAAUAUUUUCAAGAACGACCAACAAUUUCAAACAUCGAAAGUCGCAGUGAUUCUGAACAAGACGAAGAAUAUGAUGUACCGGAUGACUUUGGCCUCAGCAGCUCUGAAAAACAUAAUAUUGUAAAUGAUAAUGAAGAUAACGUAACUGCGCAGCCUUUUACACCGAUAGAACCACAACUGGGUAUUAAACGUGGAUCUCGUAUUGGCGUGAGUGCAGGUAUCAGUAAAAAAAAGGUUCAAGAAACAGCCUCUUCGACGUUAAUGAAAUAUAUUUUAGCAAACAAAGAACGUGCAGAAAACAAUAGUAAAGAAAAAGACGAUAUUGAUGCAUUUUUAACGGGAAUUGCAGCUACGAUGAGGAAAUUUGAUCCAUACCAUAUAAAUCUAGCUAAAACUAAGAUUUUCACUGCAGUUCAAGAUAUUGAUAUGCAGCAGAUAAUCAAUAAUCAACGUCAACAAUCAUGCAUUCCACUUUCACAGAAUAAUAGCGUAUGGACUUCAUCACACAUACCUGAACCGGCUAAACAUGAAGUACAAAAUCUUCAAAGUUAUCAAGUUAUACAACAAUCCAUAACUAAUCUGACUUCACACGAGAGCAACGAUGAACAACCACACUACCAAAAUAUGGGUUGA